CUUACAUGUAAAGAUUCUAGCAUCAAACCUCUGCACCUGUUUUUGGGAGAGACACAAGACAAGUGAAACUAGGAAACAACAGCCCGGGAGGGUCUUUGCAUAUUCUUCUAUUUGUCUCUUUGUCUGUUUAAAUCUCUCUCUCUCUCUCUCUCUCUCUCAGCCGUUGAUCUUGAAAACAAAGAAGAAGAAAGUAAAAAGGGAAGUUCUUUUUACUAGAACAGAGGCUUUUGUUAUCCAACUUGGACUUCCACCUCACUCUUUUUCAUCCCUCUCUCUUCAAGCCACGAAACCAGGUGCUUUGUAGAUAUUGUUCAGGAUACGCUAGAUCUAAAUAUAAAUUGUUGAAGUUGGUCGUAUUUACUGAAUUUGAUCUAUGGGGACAGGGGAAGAAAGCACUCCUGCUAAGCCUUCCAAGCCCACAUCUUCAAAUCAGGAAAUACCCACAACACCUUUGUAUCCUGAUUGGUCAAGUUCUAUGCAGGCUUAUUAUGGUGCCGGAGCUACCCCGCCUCCCUUUUAUGCCUCAACCGUAGCUUCACCAGCCUCUCACCCCUAUCUAUGGGGAAGCCAGCAUCCUUUAAUCCCACCUUACGGAACUCCAGUUCCAUACCCAGCUUUAUAUCCUGCAGGAGGAGUGUAUGCUCAUCCGAACAUGGCCCCGACACCAAAUUCAGCCCAGGCAAAUAUAGAGAUGGAAGGAAAGGUCCCCAAUGGAAAGGACCGUGCUUCAGCUAAAAAAACCAAGGGAACUUCUGGAGGCAAAGCAGGGGAGAGCGGAAAGGCAGCUUCUGGUUCUGGAAAUGAUGGUGCCUCCCAAAGUGCUGAAAGUGGUAGUGAUGGCUCAUCUGAUGCCAGUGACGAGAAUACUAACCAGCAGGAAUAUGGUGCAAGCAAGAAGGGAAGCUUCAACCAGAUGCUUGCAGAUGCUAAUGCACAAAGUACCUCAGCUGGAGCAAAUAUCCAAGCUUCUGUGCCUGGGAAACCUGUGGCGUCUAUGCCUGCAACUAAUUUAAACAUUGGGAUGGACUUAUGGAAUGCAUCUUCUGCUGCUGGAGCUACAAAAAUGAGACCAAAUCCAUCUUGUGCCACAUCUGGAGUUGUUCCUGCUGGAUUGCCUGAACAAUGGAUUCAAGAUGAACGUGAAUUGAAAAGACAGAAGAGGAAACAAUCUAAUAGAGAGUCAGCCAGAAGGUCCAGAUUACGCAAACAGGCAGAGUGCGAGGAGCUACAAGCCAGGGUACAGAAUUUGAGCAGUGACAAUAGCAAUCUCAGAAAUGAAUUGCAGAGUCUCUCUGAAGAAUGCAAUAAGCUUAAAUCCGAAAAUGAUUCCAUUAAGGAGGAGUUGACUCGGUUGUAUGGACCAGAAGUUGUAGCUAAACUUGAACAGAGCAACCCUGCUUCGGUUCCAGAGUCUCAUGGUGGUGAGGGAGACAGUUGACAGUAAAGACUGAGUCAUGACUUGGAAUCCGGAACUGGAAGAAAAUUUUCGUGAAUUCCUCCCGUAUAUUAUGACUACCAUUAGUCGAGCAUAGAACAUUGGCUUUCCAUACUGAUCCAUACCUUUAACCCUAGUUUGUAAUAGCGAAAUUUAUUUACAAAAUUUUAACUGGAGCUAGAAACCUUAAUGAAUCCAUGAGCAUUGUUGGAUUAUUAAGUUCAAUCAACUUCUCUGGUUAAAAAGGAA